AUGUCAGGAUCCUUUUCUUCUUUAUCUCUAGCUAUUAUACUUUUCUUGAGGUCCGAUUUCAGGUCAAGUGCAAGAGCAUGUUCCAUUUCCUCUAUCUCAAUUGAUACCACAGCCAAGAGGCUGCUGGUCAGGGUUACAUAUCACAUAAAAAUCUUUCCAAAUCCUCCUUCAGGUCCUCAGCAAGUUGUGAUGUGGUCUUCUCUUUCUCCAACCCUAUUUUUGUUUGUUUACAUGCUGAAAUACAUUUAUUAAGUAUGGAAGCAACAUUGCAAGUUUACUUACAUUCACAUCUCCCUCAACUUGUAUUGAUUGAUGUAAAAUGACUAGGAAAACGUAGCAAAGUGUUUGUUUACGAGAUGAUAUAUGGGCUGAAUCUUAUUUAAGUCAAAUUACUAGUCUAAUCGCCGCUUUUGUUUUUAU